AUGGAAGCGGUCAAGAGCAACUUGGACCACAUCUGGCUCAUCAUCUGUGGAGCCAUGGUGAUGUUCAUGCAAGCUGGCUUCGCCAUGGUGGAGUCAGGCUGCUGCCGUGCCAAGAAUGUGCAAAACAUUCUGCUGAAGAACCUGACCGAUGUUUGCAUCGGCACCAUCGGCUGGUGGAUCUCGGGCUGGGCCUUUUCCUAUGGCGGGCCAAUGAAUGAUGACGGCUUUUUGGACAAUGGAUUCAUCGGAACUGAACAGUUUUUCGGCAUCGGCUUCGUCAACUAUGCCGGGGAUGGAAAGUUCGAGCCCACCACGGGCAUGCUCAAUUGGUUCUUUCAGUGGGCCUUCUGCUCGGCAGCCUCCACUAUCGUGAGCGGUGGCGUGGCGGAGCGCGUGAACUUCGGCGGCUACUGUCUCUACUCCUUCCUCAUGACUGCCUUUGUGUACCCGGUCAUUGUCGCAUGGACCUGGGGCUACGGAUGGCUUGCAUCGAUCAACAGCGUGGGAUUCAUGGAUUUUGCUGGCAGCGGAGUUGUGCACAUGACCGGAGGAAUCGGUGCACUGAUGGGGGCCAUCAUUGCAGGGCCACGCACGGGCCGCUUCACGAAUCCAGAUGAGUUUGCGCCCCACAGUCUGCCCCUCAUCACCCUGGGCACCUUCAUCCUGUGGUUCGGCUGGUAUGGAUUCAACUGCGGCUCCACAUUGGGCAUGAGCGGUGUUUCCUCGGGCUUCAUGGCUGCACAGGUGGCCAUGAACACCACCAUCGCUGCCGCCACCGGUGGCCUUGUUGUCUUCCUGUUGCGCCUGGGAAUGACUCGCGGUAAGUACGACAUCGGCGGCUUUUGCAACGGCAUCCUCGCAGGGUUGGUCUCGAUCACAGCUCCAUGUGGCAACGUGGAGUGCGGCAGUGCUUUCCUCAUUGCCAUUAUUGGUGGCUUGGUCUAUCAAGGUGCUUCCUCUCUGUUGAAGUUGGUGAAGAUUGACGACCCCAUC